UUUCGACGAAGCAGUCAAAUCUGUGUCGUUUUCUUUUGUGAAACAAAGCUUAAUUUGAAUCAAUAAUCAUUCAAAAUGACCGGUCGUGGCAAAGGUGGAAAGGGAUUGGGAAAAGGUGGAGCAAAACGUCAUCGUAAAGUUUUACGUGAUAACAUCCAGGGCAUCACGAAGCCCGCGAUCAGAAGAUUGGCACGUCGUGGAGGAGUGAAACGUAUCUCCGGUCUCAUUUACGAAGAAACCAGAGGUGUCCUGAAGGUAUUCCUCGAAAACGUCAUUCGUGAUGCCGUCACCUACACCGAACACGCAAAACGUAAAACCGUCACCGCCAUGGAUGUCGUUUACGCUUUGAAGCGUCAAGGGCGUACACUUUACGGUUUUGGCGGUUAAGUUUUUUUUAUAACCUAUGUUUUAUCUAUGAGACUACGAGGCGACGACAAUACCGGUAUACCAGCAUUGUUUGGUUUUUAUGUUUCUUCCUCAUCGUUAGUUACAUCAAUCUACUCUCUACUAUUCAUCGCAUUUUAAUUUUCGACGAAAAAAAACGGUUCUUUUCAGAA